AUGCAGAUCUCCACGCUCGCCACCCUCGCGGCUCUGACCGCUGUCGCCGUCGCUAAGCUGCACAACGCCGCUGUUUGUGUCAAUGCCCGCAAGUACGGCAGCACUGGCAAUGGAACCCCUUGGGGUCUUGGUUACGGUUCCUACAAGGACUACGAGAUCGCCGUCGACGCCACCAAGUGCGCAUGCACCAUGUACAAGAACCGCAACACCGGCAACAAGCAGUGGGACAAGUGCCCCGAUUGCACCUUCGACGGUCUCCAGUGCACCUCUGGUGCCUGGCACAUUGGUGGUGACGAGAUGACCUACUACUGCGAGAAGAAGUGCGGUGCACAGGGCGCUGAGGCCAACUGA